AUGAACUGGUAUAAUGUUGCUGGUCAAGGAGGAGACGUCGAAAAAUGCAGCGAUCUUCAAAAACUUGCACGCGGCGACUUGGAGCUUCUACUUGGCAAAAAAGCUGGAUGUCAGGUGAGGAACAGUAUGUUUUUCCAGGGGAAUGCAUUGUAUUUGUAUGAGAACUUAGGGCGAAGUUUACGUUCCAAUUCUUCAUGAGC